AUGGCAGUCAGAUUAGAAACAAAAGAAUUGAUUCAGGAGGCAGAUGAGUUGACAAAGAGAAACGCUCAGCUACGCUGCCAGAUUUUGGAAAAGCAGAAGAAAAUAUCUUCCCUUGAAAUUGAAUCUGCUACAUUAUCUCAGGUUGUUACUUUUUUCGGUUUGAGUUCUUUCUUGUCUAUCCUUAUCCUCAGGCAUGUAUUGAGUAUUAUUUUUACUGGAAUAUUAUUUGACCUAGUAGAUCCUAGGAUAUGUGAGGGAAAUUGCACUAAAGCUUCUAUAAAAUUCUAGAUAACUCCUAUUAGUAUUUUGUUUGUACUCGGCUGCCGGUGUACUGUUUUUGGUUUAUUUAAAAAAAAAAAAUAGUAUGCUUUUACCAAUGUCUGUCCUCACUGAUCCAAGAUCGUGUAAAUAGGAAAAUGUGGAAUUUCUAAUGAGUGGUCUUAUGAAUUUGCUCAUAGACAUUAGAGCUUCUUCAUAAAGAAUUCGACACUUUACAAGAGAAAGUGAAGGAAGAGAGGUGCAUAAGUUUUUCUAUAUAUUCUCUAUUAACCGAGCGAAAUCCUUCAGAACUAGUCUGUGAUAUGAUAUCUGAUGAAGACAUAUUUAUUUGGGUGUAUUUGAUUUUCAUCUGAAACAGAAUCUACUACGAAAAGGUGGCCAAAGAAAUGAAUUCUAAUCUCCAAGGCCAGCAGGUUCAUUCCUGUUCCCUUUCCUUCUCCUGAAACACAAGCAAGUAUUUUCUAUCUUCAAAUGGUUUAAUAAAUUCUGUCUUUGCUCCGAAAUUUAGGACUGGAUCAACUCACAUAAGCUUGAGAAAACCAGCAGUGCUAUUUCAGUAAGCAGUCAGACUGGAUAUUACCUUUUGGAAUCAUUCAGGAAUGGUUAUAGAAAUGAUCCAUUUGAUGACUUGAUCUAAGUCAGAUGUAUGGUCAUCACGUGAAAAUAUAUCACUUCGUUGCCAUCUUCAUAUCACAACCACAGCUACCUCAUUCUUAUUUAAUAAUCUUGCCCCGUAAACGGGCAUUAUUUGGUCUGAUUGAAAGAUAUGAAUGUGUAGGUUAAGGACAUUGGCGAGAAGCUAUUGGAUCACUCUGGAGGUAUACAUAUUUACGCGCGUUUGACUGAGACACGUCUUUAUUUGCUCAUCCCUUCGUUUUAAGGGCAUUAAUAUUCAAUAAAGUUAAACUAAAAAAUAAAUUCCAACUCUAUUUCCAUCAGGGUUCCAAGUAUGGUUAAGUUUUUUCAAGUACCUCUCAUGGCUUCAAGUCUUUAUUACAUAUCAUCAUUUUGAUGGAACGGUAUUGAGCGACUUAGCCCAUGUCUAAAACUUCUACUCGCAGGAAGUCUGAGCAGUGAGCUGCCUUCUGCUGAAGAGAUGACCAGAGCUAAGGUAUGCUACUUAUCCCAUAUGAUUCCUCAAAUCAUAUUGCUCUCGUCUACCUAAGUAAGCAAGGCCUUGAAUUGAUCCAGGUGGACUCUGCGAGUGCUAAACUUGAUGAACUAAAAGCAAAAACAUCCGAAGUUUCACUGAACACCGUCGAGGUUUGCAGCUUUGUCCCAUCGCACAACUGUCUUCCUCUUUAGUAAAGCUUUAUCAGGAUUGAUAUGACCUGCAAAUGUCAUUAAAUCACUCAUUUCUAUUACCUUAAGCAAACUUCACUCCUGUCAUGUUUUGAUUCCACCAGUUGAAGCAGCGUAUUGCACAAUUCCAACUCAAAACAGAAGGAUUUCCUGUGAGUUCAUCAAAUGAAAAUGGUGAUUAUUUCUUAUAAAAAUGUUACUAAUUUUGUGCUAUUGGUUUUGCAGUGUGAGAUAAAAACAGCGGAAACGAAGAUCUUGGAAGAGGAGCACCAGGCUCUGUUGACUGAUAAAGGUGGAGAGCUUGAGUACUUGCAGUCUCUCCAGGAAAGAAUCGGACUUUUCUUGGUACGAAGAUCUUACCUUGGACAAACAGUUGCUUCUGAUUGGCUUAUAACCGUCCCGCAGUUUCCCUUUUAUCUCUCUCUCUCUCUCUCUCUCUCUCUCACUCACUCACUCUCUCUCGCUCGCUCGCUAUAUAUAUAUAUAUAUAGAUAGAUGUGUAUAUACAUAGAUAUAUAGGGCCCAGUCUGAGCGUAACCUCUCAAAAGUCUAAGAUCCAUGGAGUCUUCUGACCUGGACUUAUCUUCGAGGCUCUCCUCUGGGGCCAAGCCAGAUGUGGGCCUUGAAGAGGAUGAAUGGGUUUGGGCUGGGCUUGCCAAAGCCCAGAUCUGGCCCGUCCCCCCUAGUUCGGUGACAUCAUCUCCAAUUGCAAUCUGUAAUGGUAGCUUCAAAAUCAGAAUUUUAAUAGUCUCUUCAAAUGACUAA